AUAAUAUUUUUUCGGUUGUUGUUGAGAGUGUACAUUAUUAAUUAAUUAAUAAUAUUCCCCCCCGUUCCUCCCCGCUGCCUCGCCCCCAAUCCUCAGAGAGAUAAAAGAAGUUUUCAAAGUUUAAGAAGAAAAAUAAUAAUAAUAAGAAGAAGAAGAAGAAGAAUUUUUGUCAAACGUUUGCCCGGAUUGGACGAGGAAACAAUUCGAGGGUCAGAAAAUAACUGAUACCCUCUUCCUCCCUCUCUCUCUCUCUCUCGUUAUCUCGUUAACGUUUUUGUGAAAGACCGAUCUUGAACGUUGUUUUUUAAAUCAAAAUGAAGCGACAACAACAGCAACAGCAACAACAACAACAACAACAGAUACAACAGCAACAACAGCAGCAACAAUAUACGCAACAAAGAACCGAACGACAGGUUACUCGGCAACAGAUCACCAGUCAGCAGAGAGUUCAAGGGGAAAUAGUGAUGCAAACGGCACCAACGAUACCAACAUUUACCGGCAGACCAGGUGAUCCGUCGCCACCGGUUUUCGAACAGAUAUUUAAAAAUGCAAGAUUUGCUCAAGGUGGUAAUGCCAUAUUCGAGGGAUGCGUACGUGGUAAUCCAAAACCUAACGUUUCUUGGACUCACAAGGGUGUACCUUUAUUGGAAUCACGAAAAAUUCGGAUGUCUUAUGACGAUAAGACCGGUAUUGUUACGUUACAAAUCAAUCAAAUAGGUCCGGGAGAUGAGGGUGAAUAUACGUGUAGUGCCAAAAAUCAAUACGGAGAAGCAAUCUGUUCUGUAUACAUUCAACCUGAAGGAUUCGGUGCUCCGCCUCAACAACAACAACAAUUAGGUAGUUACAAAAAGGAAAUUACACAAAGUUUCCAAACGACCGAACAAAAAACUGGCAGCCAAAGUUUCCAACAACGCAGUUAUCAGCAAACCUACGACAAACGAAGUUACGUUAAUGGAACAUCUAGUAUCGAAGAUUUUAAGGUGGACACUUUCGAAUAUAGAUUAUUGCGCGAAACCGAAUUCCGAGAAUCGAUUACGCGUCGUUUCGUUGGCGAAUCUGACGCGCAAAUUUCAACGGUGAUUGAUCGCAGUUUGGGUCCGGUUGCACCCGCGCAAAUUACCCAAAAACCGAGAAAUUCGAAACUCAUUGAAGGAUCCGACGCCGUUUUUACCGCUAAAAUAACAGGAAAUCCAAAACCAAGGUUGACUUGGUUUAAAAAUGGUCAAAGGAUUCGCGAAUCGCAACGCGUUGAAAUGAGUUAUUCGAAUCAGCAAGCAACAUUGAAGAUCAGGGUCGCUUUACCGGAAGACAGUGGUCAUUAUACAUUACUAUCUGAAAAUCAACAGGGUUGCACAGUAAGCUCGGCAUAUUUAGCCAUUGAAUCUAGCGAUCAAGUGGAUCAAGCUGUGCAUCAGAUGCAACAAAGAGAAAUCGUGAAAAGUCAACAGAUAGAUUCUUCGUCAUCGGAAUCAGAAACCGGUAAAGUUCUUCCGCCUAAUUUCGUUCGUACUUGCAAUGAUCGAGAAGCUACCGAAGGAAAGAUGACAAGAUUUGAUUGUCGUGUAACUGGUCGACCAUAUCCAGAAGUAACAUGGUACAUCAAUGGUCAACAAGUAGCCAACGAUUUAACACAUAAAAUUCUGGUCAACGAAUCUGGUAAUAAUUCCCUGAUGAUUACCAACGUUAAUCGCGCAGAUGCAGGUGUCGUAACUUGUAUUGCGAGAAACAAAGCUGGGGAAACGUCAUUUCAAUGUAAUCUCAAUGUAAUCGAAAAGGAACAAGUUGUCGCACCAAAAUUCGUCGAACGUUUUACGACCACCAAUGUUAAAGAAGGCGAACCUGUGGUAUUUAUGGCACGUGCGGUUGGUACUCCAGUUCCACGAAUCACCUGGCAGAAGGAUGGUGUACCAAUUGCACCAGGUCCAGACGUGCGUAUAUCGAUGGACGGCAGUGGAGCUUCAACAUUGGAUAUACCUUGUGCCAAAUUUUCCGAUGCCGCUUGGUAUCAAUGUACAGCACAAAAUGUUGCUGGUUCCACUGCAACCCGAGCACGGCUUUUCGUAGAAACACCUAAGGGAGCCGCACCUGAACCAAGACGCUUGAAUUUACCCCGACCGACUAAAAUCAUCGAACCUGAACCAACACCUGGCCCCGAAGUGAUUUACCUGAGACACGUAGAACGUGCCAAACCUUAUUUACCACCACCCGAGGAAGAUAAAAUUUAUUCGCCGCCACGUUUUAUCAUACCGUUGAGAGACGUUCAUCAAAUAGAAGGUGGACGUAUUCACUUCGAGGCCAGAAUCGAACCGGUGGGUGAUCCCACUAUGAGAGUUGAGUGGUAUGUAAACGGAAGAGCUUUAGACGCAAGUUCACGAGCUACAUCAAUCUUCCGAUUCGGCUUUAUUUCUCUUGAUCUGAUCAGUAUAGUACUUCAGGAUAGUGGCGAAUAUCUUUGUCGCGUUGUUAGCUCUACCGGAAUUGCCGAAUCUCGUGCCACUCUUAGCGUGACACCACGCGCUACGAUCGAGCAAGCUAGCCAACACCCCGACAGUCUUCAAUAUAUCCAACAGCUGGAGGAUUAUAGCAAAUAUCAAAGGCAGGAGAGCGUGGAGGAGAUAUCUUCUUCCCAACGACCGGUCUUCAUCCGACCACUCCAGGAUCUUGGUGAGCUACAGGAAGGUCGAAACGCUCAUUUCGAGGGCCAAUUGACACCUGUUAGCGACCCCACCAUGAAAGUGGAGUGGUACAAGGAUGGUAGACCAAUCACAGCUAGUUCAAGAAUCACAACCAUCUUCAACUUCGGAUACGUCUCGCUCAAUAUAUUGCACCUACGGGCUGAAGAUGCAGGUUCUUAUACAGUGAAAGCUAUGAAUCGUUUGGGAGAAGCUAUCAGCUCCGCGACUCUUCGUGUCUUUGCUAGAACUAGUGUUACAACAGAUUUAGGUAUUCCUGAGCAACAGAGAUAUAUUGAAGCUGCCGAGGAAUUGGAAGCUUAUCAACAGGCUAUUCAUCAAAAAUAUGUCCAAGAACAGCCUGAACCGACUAGCCCACCGGAAUUUAAAUCUCCUAUUAAGGAUCAAAACGGAAUACGAGAAGGUGGGUUUGCCCAUUUCGAGGCCCGUUUAGAGCCAGUUGGGGACGCUGAUUUACGCGUCGAAUGGCUCAAAGAUGGACGCCCUGUAGAAGCCAGUUCACGAAUUACUACAUUCUUUAAUUUUGGCUACGUUGCACUCACUAUUAAAUACGUGACGAUACAUGACGUUGGUAUUUACACGUGUCGUGCUUAUAACAGAGUUGGGGAGGCCCAUACUACUGCUCAAUUGAGCGUUAUUAGCAAAAACGAUGUCAUUUAUGACAGUCAACAUCCUACCGGACUGCAAAGAAUUCAAACUCUCGAGGAUUCGAGCAAAUAUAUGCGUCAGGUGCAAGAAGAAGUACAGGUUAAACAAGCACCACGUUUCUUAGGUACGCUGAAAGGGACUAAUAAAAUUGUAGAAGGUCAACGUGCCCACUUUGAAGCCCGAGUCGAACCUCAGAGUGAUCUUACUAUGAAAAUCGAAUGGUAUCAUAAUGGCAAACCCAUUACUGCUGCUAAUAGGAUUCAAACUUAUCAUGAUUUUGGAUACGUAGCUAUUGAUAUUCUUCAAGUUAGACCUGAAGAUGCUGGUACAUAUACGGUGGUUGCAAGAAAUGCUUUAGGUGAAGCUCAACUUUCGGCAACCAUGAUCGUUGAAACACGUUCAAGCGUGGAUACAAGCAGUAUGCAUCGUGGUACUUUUGAAAAAACUCAACGUCUCGAAGAAUCCAAAUUUAUCGAACCGCAGUAUCACAUCGAAGAGAUAUCUAAAUCGAAGCCCAUUUUCGUUCAACCAUUGAGCGAUCCAAAACCAGUGAGCGAAGGAAAAAAUAUUCAUUUGGAGUGUCGUUUAGAACCAAUGGGUGAUCCAACUAUGAGAGUAGAAUGGUUCCAAAAUGGACGACCCGUAACAGUUGGCUCUAGGUUCAGAACUUAUUACGAUUUUGGAUUUGUCGCUUUGGAUAUUGUACACUCGACUGCUUAUGAUUCGGGAGAAUAUACUGUUAGGGCUACCAAUCAUCUCGGUACUGCUCAUACUUCAGCAUGCGUCAGAGUUAUCGGUAGAUCUGACGUUGUUACGGAAACUCAAAAUGAACAAUCGCUUGAACAAAUUCAAAUGUUAGAGGAUUCCUCCAAAUAUCGUAAAACUCAACAAGAGGAAGUUACCGUAAUGCAAGCACCUCAAUUUACACGAGCAUUGCAUAACAUCGAAACUGUUGAAUUAACCAAUGUUCAUCUCGAGUGUCGCCUUCAACCAGUAGGAGAUGCAACAAUGAGAGUUGAGUGGUUCGUUAAUGGAAGACCUGUUAAAACUGGACACCGGUUUAGGCCCUCUUAUGAAUUCGAUUACGUUGCAUUGGAUAUCCUUGGUGUAUAUCCUGACGAUUCUGGAGUUUAUACUUGCCAAGCAACUAAUCAAUUGGGUGAAGCUGUCACCUCGUGUUCGGUACGAGUACACGCUAAGAAGGAUCUCUUGUUAGAAUCUCAACAUCCAGAAGGUUUAGAAAGAAUACAAUACUUGGAAGAUGCUUCGCGAUACAAAAGACACGAAUUGGUUGACGAAGUUGUAACCGUUAAACCGAAAUUCGUAACUAGUCCAAAGAAUCAAGAAAAUCUUCGGGAAGGACAACACGCUCAUUUCGAGUGCAAACUUGAACCCGUAACUGACUCCAAUUUGAAAGUCGAGUGGUAUAAAAAUGGUCGUCCAGUUACAAUAGGACACCGAUUCCGUCCAAUUCAUGAUUUCGGUUACGUUGCGUUGGACGUGAUCGAUUUAAUUGCUGAAGAUUCUGGAACUUACACUUGCCGUGCCGUUAAUCUUGUCGGUAGCGAUGAAGUAUCCUGCACGUUGUCUUGCCGUUCAACGGCACAAAUUUUAACGGAUACGCGAAACGAAAGUGGUCUUGAACAAAUCCAUUAUCUCGAGGAUCGUUCCAAGUAUCAUCGGCAAGAGGUUAUCGAAGAAACUACGACGCAGGCACCGAUAUUCACUACUUCUUUGAACAACGUGGAAAUAAAGGAAGGACAAAGGGCUCAUUUCGAGUGCAGACUUAUACCAGUCUCAGAUACGACAAUGAAAGUCGAAUGGUUUCAUAAUAAUAUGCCGGUUAAGGCUGGAUCAAGAUUUGUUGAGACCAACAGUUUUGGUUUCGUUGCAUUGGAUAUCAUGUAUGCGUAUCCAGAUGAUUCUGGUACGUAUACUUGCCGUGCUAAAAACAUCAUUGGUGAAGCUAUUACAUCAGCAACUGCUGUAGUACAUUCGAAAAAAUCAAUUUACAUGGAAUCCCAUAACGAGGAAGCUUUGGAACGACUUCGUUACUUAGAAGAUACAUCGCGUUACCAACGUAAAACAGUUCAAGAAGAAACUGUCACUCAAGCACCAGUUUUUACAAUGCCGAUCAAAGAUUUACGCGUUGCCGAGAAUCAAGCGGCUCACUUCGAAGCACGUGUCAUUCCGGUUGGUGAUUCCAAACUCAAAGUAGAAUGGCUACGUAAUGGUGUACCCAUUGCUGCUUCAAAUCGUGUUACAACUAUGCACGAUUUCGGAUACGUCGCUUUGAACAUGAAGUAUGUCAAUCCUGAAGAUUCUGGUACUUAUACUUGUCGUGCUACAAACGAUUUAGGAGAAGCCGUAACUUCGGCAACACUUUUCGUACAAUCAAAAGCAGCCCUGCAAUUCGAGUCGCAACACGAAAGUUCUUUGUCGAAACUCCAAGCCUUGGAGGAUACCAGCAAAUAUCAACGUCGCGAGGAGGAAGAAAUAGUGGUGAAAGAAAAGCCCUCGUUCACGGUUCAAUUGAACGGACCUUCGAAGUUAGUCGAAGGACAAAGUGCACAUUACGAGUGCCGCAUAGAACCCUAUCCUGAUCCGAACAUGAAGGUGGAGUGGUUCCACAAUGGUAAACCACUGUCCACCGGUCACAGGUAUAGAACAGCUUGUGACUUUGGCUUCGCAUCUUUGGACAUUCUGACAGUUUACUCUGAGGAUUCCGGCACGUACACCUGCCAGGCCACCAAUAAACUGGGAUCGGCCAAGAGUUCGAUAAAUCUUGAAGUUAAAUCACGUUCCUCUAUCAUUCGCGAAACCCAACAUGAAAGUGCUCUUAAGAAGAUACAAUAUCUCGAAGAUGAUUCUCGUUACAAACGUACCGAGGAAGAAGAUUUAAUAAUAGCUGAAAAACCUAAAUUUGGUAGACCAUUGAAGAAUAUUGAACAUUUACCUGAAGGCAAAAGUGCACAUCUCGAGGCUACGUUAACGCCCGUUAAUGAUCCAACGAUGAUCGUUGAAUGGUUCAGAGAUGGAAGACCCGUACCACAAGGACACAAAUUUAAAACUACUUAUGAUUUUGGUUACGUUGCUUUGGAUAUACUUUAUGCUUACCCAGAAGAUUCUGGUACUUAUAUGUGCAAAGCCAGGAACGCUGUUGGCGAAGCUGUCACCACGUGCGUCAUCAGCGUUGACUCCAAGCAAGGUCUCUACCUGGAUACUUUGGAUGCUCAACGUUUGCAAAAGAUUCGUGAAUUGGAAACUGUUGAGAUCAAGGAAGAAAUUGAAAAGGAAGUUGUACAUCAAAAGCCUGUAUUUUUAACGCCGUUGAACAAUCUGGAUCAUCUAAAGGAAGGUGAACACGCUCAUUUAGAAUGUCGCGUAGAACCGAUCAACGAUCCAAACUUGAAGAUCGAAUGGUUUGUAAACGGAGUAGCGGUAAGGACUGGUCAUCGUUUCCGUACAACACAUGAUUUUGGUUAUGUUGCUUUGGACAUAUUGUAUACUUAUCCAGAAGAUUCAGGAACUUACAUGUGCAAAGCAACGAACUUGGCUGGAGAAGCAGUAAAUACCUGCAAGAUUAAAGUUGGCUCUCGUCGCAGUAUACUUUUGGACACUCAACAUCCGGAUGGUCUAGAAAAGAUUCGUGAACUCGAAGCACAAGGUCAUCCUGCUAGAUUGGAAGUGGAGGAACCACCAGUAACCCCGCCCAGAUUUGUUUCCGAACUUAGGGGUACCACUGAAGUUUACGAGGGUCAAACAGCCCACUUUGAAUGCCAAGUGGAACCACUUCACGAUGCCAAUUUACGAAUUGAAUUCUUCCACAAUGGCAAACCAUUACCAUCAGCAUCCCGUUUCCAUAUGACAUUUGAUUUCGGAUACGUGGCAUUGGAUAUCAGUCACGCAGUACCAGAAGAUGCAGGACAAUAUUCUGUUAAAGCAAUUAAUGCAUUAGGACAAUGCGUAUCUUCAAUCGAACUUAAAGUAAUACCCCGUGACAAUAUAAUCUUGGAUUCACAAAGACCAGAAGGAAUGGACAAGAUUAGGGAGCUUGAAGCUCAACAACCAUGGAAAAGACCAGACGUACCGGAACCACAAACUAGACAACGACCUGUCUUUACACAACCCUUACAAAAUAUCGAUGCUAUACCAGAAGGUCACACAGCUCAUUUCGAAUGUAGAUUGAUACCUGUUGGUGAUCCUACUCUAAAAGUUGAAUGGUUUAGGAAUGAAGUACCUUUGGAAACAAGUUCUCGUAUAACAAAGGUUCACGAUUUUGGAUACGUGGCUUUGGAUAUUACGCAUGUUCGCGAUGAGGAUGAAGGUGUUUACAUGUGUCGUGCUUCUAAUCCACUUGGAGAAGCAGUUACUACAGCAUCGAUGAAAAUUCGAACUAAGGCCAGUAUACAAUUGGAUACUCAACACCCAGAAGCACAACGUAGAAUUGCUCAAUUGGAAGCUGAUAAAGGACCUAGUCGAGCUGAAGAACCAGAUAAGGUUUUCGACAAGCCUAUAUUUACGCAAUUAUUAACUGGACCUACAGAACUUUGGGAAGGUCAGCUUGCCAGAUACGAAUGUAGAGUCGUACCCGUGGGUGAUGCCAGUUUAAGAUUUGAAUGGUACAUGAAUGGAGUCGAGUUGAAAAUGGGAUCUCGCUUCCAUGUAAAUCAUGAUUUUGGUUAUGUAACAUUGGACAUAUUGAAAGUAAUAUCGGAAGAUUCUGGUGUAUAUACUUGUAAGGCUAUUAACAAAAGUGGAGAAGCUGUUUCAUCAAUUUCAUUAAAAGUUAAAGCACGUUCUGCUAUCGAUGCUCAAAGUAUACAACCGGACGCAUGGCAAAAGAUUCAAUUAAAGGAAGCGGAGAUGAACAAGGUACCAGAGAUGUUUGUUGAUACAACACCACAACAAGCACCAGUUUUCACUAAACAUUUGGAAAGUUAUGAUAAAUUGAUCGAAGGACAACACGUUUAUCUAGAAGCUCAAGUAGAACCAAGAGCUGAUCCUAAUUUGCGAGUAGAAUGGUUCAAAAAUGGUAUAUCUUUGCAAACCGGUACAAGAUUACGUAGUACAUUUGAUUUUGGUUUAGUUACGUUGUCCAUUAACGGUUUGAGACCAGACGAUUCAGCAAUUUAUACCUGUAAAGCUACGAAUUUACUUGGAGAAGCAGUGUCUACCUGUAGUUUGAAAAUCGUUGAUCGUCAUUGGCUUCUUGGUGAUACUCUUCACCCAGACGCAUUACCUAAAAUCGAUGCACUUGAACAACCACAGAUUGGUACUACCGAACAACCUGAACCAACAUAUGAAGAACCAGUUUUCAUAACCCAUUUGAACAAUGUCGAAUGCGUCGAAGGUGACAACGUUCAUUUCGAGUGUAACGUAGAACCAUCGAAAGACCCAACUAUGAAAAUUGAAUGGUUUAUGAAUGGGAAACCAUUACCAACUGGUGCACGAUUUAAAUCAACUUAUGAUUUUGGAUAUGUUGCACUCGAUAUUACGCAUAGCUACGAAGAGGAUUCAGGUAUCGUAACGGUUAAAGCAACUAAUUCUAAAGGAACGGCACAAACAUCGGGUACUCUUAAAUGUACAAGCAAACAAAGUAUUUACCUGCAAACUCAACAUCCGCAAGGUGAAGCUGGAUUGGAAAAAGUUAAAGAAGCCGAAGAUGCAUAUUUAUCCAAAUACAGGAGACCGGAUGCUAAACCUGAACAUGAAUACCCCAAACCAAUUUGGACUGUACCCCUUCAACCGGAAUUCAAGUUAGGUGAAUCUGAACCUCUUCAUUUGGAAGGUCAAGUUGAACCAAAAGAUGAUCCCGAUUUGAAAAUCGAAUGGUAUUUCAAUGGCAAAGCUUUGGAACACGGUGCCCGUUUCAAAAUGACCAGCGAUUUUGGUUUUGUCACCUUGGAUUUGACCGAUGUUUACGAUCGAGAUUCUGGUAUUUAUACUUGCAAAGCGUAUAACAAAGUUGGAGAAGCUUUUACAUCUACGACAGUAUACUGUUCGACUAAAGAAAGUAUUAUCGAAAAAUCUCAACAUCCGAAAGGUAAGGAAGGUCUCGAAGCCAUUCAAGAUCUUGAGGAAUCACUUAAACGACAGGAAGGUGGUUUACCUGAAAGCGAAGAAGGACAUCCACCUGUUUUCACAUCGCAAUUCGAGAACCUGACCAAUCUAUCCGAAGGUGAGAUUGCUCAUUUCGAAGCAUCAUUAACACCGACUGGUGAUCAAACUAUGGUAGUCGAAUGGUUCUAUAAUGGAAAAUCAUUAGAAGCUAGUCAUCGUACUAGAACCGUUUACGCAUUUGGUAUGGUCGUAUUGGAAGUUCUCGGAACUAAAAUCGAAGAUUCAGGCACUUAUUCUUGUCGAGCUACGAACAAAUGGGGUAAAGCGGAGAUCAGUGUUCAAUUAGAAUGCGUAGACAAGUCUAAAGGACAAAAACCUAAAUUCACCACGCAUAUACAAUCAUUGGAAGGUCUGAAAGAUGGACAAUCGGUACAUUUCGAAUGUACACUUAUUCCUGUCGGUGAUCCACAUAUGAAAGUUGAAUGGUUCCACAAUGGGCAACCGCUCAGACACUCUUCACGUUUCAAGAUGGUAUCCGAUUUUGGAUUCGUCGUUAUGGACAUUGCUGGAGUCAUGUCACACGACACUGGGGAAUACGUAUGCAAAGCAAGCAACAAAUAUGGCGAGGAUUAUACGAAAGCAACCAUCAAAUGUUUCGGCAAGAGUGGAGUAUACCUUGAUUCACUGCAGCCAGAUUCUCUAGCUAGGAUUCGUGAACUCGAAAGUUAUGGUGGUGAACAACCAACCACACCGACAACUCCUGUUGCCGAACCACCCAAAUUUAUCACCCAAAUUGCAGACAUUACGAAACUUGUUGAAGGACAAUCUGCUCAUUUCGAGGCCAGAUUGACUCCUGUUACUGAUCCGGAUUUGAAAGUUGAAUGGUAUUAUAACGGGAAAAAGUUACCACACGGUCAUCGUUACAGAACUUUCCAUGAUUUUGGUAUCGUCAUUCUUGACAUACUUUAUUGUUACGAAGAAAAUUCUGGUGUAUACGAAUGUAGAGCGUUUAAUAAGUACGGCGAAGAUACAACUAAGGCUACUUUGAAGUGUUUCUCAAAGGCCAGUCUUAUUUUGGAAUCUCAAUUACCAAAAGGAAUGGAAGGUGGUUUAGAAAAAAUCCAAACCCUAGAGGACUCUAUGAUUCGUACUAAAGAUGAGAAAACAGUCGAAGAACGUGGAAAAGCUCCAGUUUUCACUGUACCUUUGAGCAACAUCGAUGGUCUUCGUGAAGGUGAAAGUGCACACUUCGAAGCAAGACUUACACCUACCGAUGAUCCAAGAUUAAAGGUCGAAUGGUUCUGGAAUGGUAAACCACUUCGAACGGGAUCACGUUUUCGAACAUUCUGUGAUUUCGGUUUCGUUAUUUUGGAGAUCUCACCAAUUUACCCUGAAGAUUCCGGAGAAUAUAGUUGUCGAGCAAUUAACGAUUACGGUGAAGCAGUAACCACAUGUACUAUGAAAUGUACUGGAAAACGUAGCAUCAUUCUUGAAUCGCAAUUGCCAAAAGGUAUGGAGAGUACGAUAGAUAAGAUAGCUGAACUUGAAGGUCUUGGAAACGAACCUGGGCAACCCAGUCCUGACGAUGAUACGGGAAAACCACCGGAAUUCAUCACCACUCCGUCAGAUUUAGCGCUUGCUGAAAAUUCAUUAGCUCAUUUCGAAUGCAGACUCGUACCCAUCAACGAUUCAAGUAUGAGAGUCGAAUGGUUCCAUAAUGGAAAGCCUCUAUUAGCUGGUACCAGAAUAAAAACCAUUCAUGACUUUGGUUUUGUCAUUUUGGAAGUAGCCAAUUGUUAUCAAAGAGAUUCUGGACUAUACACGUGCAAAGCAACCAAUCGUCACGGGGAAGCAACAGUGUCCUGUAAAUUGCAAGUUCGUGGUCGUCAGGGUAUCAUCUUGGAACCACAAUUGCCAAGUAAUUUCAAAACCGGUACCGAAAGUAUCCAAAAACUAGAAGAAUCCCUUUACAAGAAAGAUGAAAUCCUGGCUGAAGAGGAAACACCUAAUCCACCAAGAUUCAUUGUCGAAUUAAAAGACAUAGAAGUUGAGGAAUCUGGUCCAAGUCAUUUCGAUUGUAGAGUAGAACCAGUCGGUGAUCCAACUAUGCGUGUUGAAUGGUACCACAAUGGUAGACCAUUCGCAACUGGUUCUCGCGUACAUCAAAUAAAUGACUUUGGUUUUAUUUCAUUGGACAUGUCUUAUACAUAUGCUAGGGAUAGCGGGGAAUACGUGUGCAGAGCUACGAACAAAUGGGGUACUGCAACAACUAAAGCAACCAUAACAUGUAAAUCCAAGAAAACGAUAGAUUUCGAUUCCCAACUACCAUCAGGCAUGAGUGGAGAAAAAUUAAAGGAAUUAGAACGUGGACCUAUCAGCGAACCACCAGCUGAGGAAGCACCACGCGAACCACCACGUUUUAUUACACAAAUUCAAUCAGCUACAGUUGAUGAAUCAGAACCAGUCAGGUUCGAAUGUAGAGUGGAACCGAAAGAUGAUCCUAACUUACGCAUCAUAUGGUACAGAAAUGGAAAGCUUAUUCCAGCAGGUCAUAGAUAUAGAACAGUAUACGAUAUGGGUUUCGUAUCCAUGGACAUUUUAUACGUAUAUCCUGAGGAUUCUGGUGAAUACGUGUGCAAAGCUAUCAAUGAUCUUGGUGAAGACACUACAAAAGCAUCCGUGUCUUGCAAAAAACUUCCAAGUAUCAUUCUUCAAAAUCAAGUACCAAAAGGCAUGAAGAAAUCGGAAGCUUUGAUGCAAAUGGAAGCAACAAUUAAAAAAUACACGUCGGAAGUUCAUUUGACCGAGGAUGAUCUUUACGAUGCCGAUAAAAAACAACCGCCACGUUUCGUUACGCAAAUACAGGAUCAAGUAGAACUCGUUGAAAUGAACAGUACCAAAUUUGAAUGUCAAUUGGCACCAGUAGGUGAUCCAAAUAUGAAAGUUGAAUGGUUCUUCAAUGGCAAACCGCUUCCUCAUAAAAACAGAUUCACACCCAUAUACGAUUUCGGUUAUGUUGCUAUGAACUUUGGUUGGGUUUAUCCCGAGGAUAGCGGAGAGUAUCUUUGCAGGGCUACCAAUUUGUACGGGAUGGAUGAAACUAGAGCAAUUAUUCGUACGGCAGGUAAACCUGGUAUCAUUUACGAGUCCCAAUUGCCAAAGGGUAUGAAGAGUAUCGAGAAAAUUCGUGAAAUGGAAGCAGCAUGGCAGAUUGUUCCCGAAGAUGAAGGUGAAGAAGAAAAAGUACGUGCACCACCGUUGUUCGUUAGCAAACCAGAACCAGUUACGGUUGAGGAAGGUGACUGUUCGAGAUUUUGCUGUCGAGUUACGGGUCACCCAAGACCCCGUGUUAUGUGGAUUCUUAAUGGACACACUGUUGUUAACGGAUCACGUUACAAAUUGACAUACGACGGCAUGUAUCAUCUAGAUAUACCAAAGACAAGACAAUACGAUCACGGAAAGGUUGAAGUAAUCGCAAGAAGUUCGGUUGGGGAAUCACGUACGGAAACGUUCUUAACUGUUAAACAACGUACCGAUGAUUAUCGUGGUGUAUUGAAGAAUUCACCGAGACCUUGGUACGAUUAUGGACUAACCCAAUACCAAUCGGAGAGACAGAACACAGAACUCGAGCGUGUAUUCGAGGAACGUCAUCAAACAGUAUCCCAAGGCGUUGAGAUUGCUACAGAACAUCUUGGGCAAAAGGUAUUCAAAGAACCCGAAGCCGAAUGGCAGAAAUCGGUAAAGAGUAAAAAGAACGAGGAUUAUUAUCAAAAAUUAAUGAGCUUGGAGGAAGAACAAGUGUUAAAGGAAUCCAGAUUGAGAGAAUCUUCCCAUCAAUUUGCCAUACCUGGUGACAAAGUUGUAUCCAAUUCCAUGGCCAAAGGAAUGGCACAGAAAUAUCAAGAAAGCCUUGAAACGCAGGAUACGAAAGAAACUGUUCAACCACCGACGCAAGUAAAAUUCGUGAAGAAACCACACCUGACCGAGGUAGAUAUAGAUAGCGAACGUUUAAAGGGUACAGGAAGGUAUCCACCGGAACCUUCGGAAUCAUUGGUUCAUGGAAGAGAAGUACACGUUGCGAAACAGAAACAAACUCAGAAAGAGGUGAAGGGUGAUCUCGAAAUAACGAGAAAAAUAACGGCAACCGAGACAACUGAAGUCGAACACAAAGCUCAAACGCAGGAACGCGUUGUUCAAGGACAAGUUAAACCAGCCAAGCCGCCAGUUUUCACGAAAAAAAUUCAACCUUGUAGAGCAUUUGAACAGGAACAAGCAAGAUUUGAAGUUGAAUUUGACGGGGAUCCUUUGCCAACCAUUAAAUGGUAUAGGGAAGAUUUUCCGAUUCAAAAUUCGCCUGAUCUUCAAAUCUAUACGUUCAGUACUAAAUCGGUAUUGAUCAUACGUCAAGUAUUUAUGGAAGAUUCCGCGGUGUUUUCGGUAAUUGCUGAAAAUCGUGGUGGCAAAGCUAAAUGCAGUGCAAAUCUUGUUGUCGAGGAACGUAGAAGACAACCUGGUAGAGGUGGAAUCAUACCACCAAGUUUUCUAUCUACGAUACAAAAUAGUUCGGUGACAACUGGACAAUUGGCACGAUUCGAUGCCAAAGUUACCGGGACAAAACCUUUGGAUGUUUAUUGGUUAAAGAACGGUAAAAAAGUGACGGCUGAUAUACGUUAUAAAACAUUGGAAGAAGAUAACAUUUAUACUCUUCUCAUUUUGGAAACAAUACCAGACGAUUCGGGUAAAUACGAAUGCGUUGCCAUCAAUAGUGCAGGUGAAGCACGUUGCGAUGCCGAAUGUACAGUUCGUGGACCACAAUCACCAACGAAGACAACAAAACCAACAACACCUGGUGUAGAAAAGGCACCUGCUGUAUUGGAACCACUUAAAGAUCAAACGAUCAAAGAAGGAACUUCCGUGGCAUUCGCUUGCAAAAUAACAGGAAAACCCGUACCUACUGUUCAAUGGAAAAAAGGUGACAAGGUAAUAAAACCAUCGAAAUAUUUCCAAAUGCAAAAGGACGGUGAUCUUUGUACUUUGAAAAUCACGGAAGCAUUUCCCGAAGAUGAAGGUGUUUACAAAUGUAUCGCCAAAAAUCCUGCCGGUGAUGUUACCACGUCGGCAAAUUUGAGAGUACUUGCACCAGAUGCGGCUGACAUUUUGCCGAAAUUAUCACCGUUGAAAGAUCAAAUAGUUUCCGAGGGACAACCGGCGCAAUUUAAAACUCAGGUUACUCCAGCUAAACCAAAGCCAACGAUUCAAUGGUACAGGGAAGGUGCCCUUAUACCUCAGUCACCCGAUUUUCAGAUGAUUCACGAGGGCAACAACGCUGUACUGUUAAUUGCUACAACUUACGAAGAGGACACUGGAACUUUCAGUUGCAGAGCUACGACCUCGGCCGGUACCGUAGAAACCUCUGCGAAACUCAUCGUCAAAAAAAAAGAAGAGGAAGGUGUUGCCCCUCACUUCCCGAUUCCAAUCAAACCACUCAUGGUCGAAGAACAUAAACCGGCAACGCUUGAAUGCAUUGUUACUGGUACACCAAUACCCGAAGUUAAAUGGUAUCGAAAUGAAAAUGAAAUCAAACCGAAGGAAGAUACGGAAAUAAUAUUUAAUCCGGAAACGGGAGAAGCUAAAUUAACAUUAUUAAAACCAAUGCCGGAAGAUGAAACAACUUAUCGUGUACGUGCCGUAAACAAAUUUGGACGGGCAGAAUGUAGAGCCAAUUUGGUUAUCAGCAAUAUAGUUCAAAUUUCUAAACCAGAAGUAAUGCAAGCACCAACGAUAACGAAACCAUUGCCAGCAUUGGUUGCAGAACGUGGUAAACCAUUAAAAUUAACAGCCGAUUUCGAAAGCAAACCUAAACCCGAAGUCAAAUGGUAUCGCAACGGAAUCGAAAUUGUACCCGGUAAAAAUCGUGUCAUAGAAAUUUACGAAAAUACCACGGAAUUGCUGAUACCCGAACCCGUUAAAACGGACGGUGGAAAAUACGAGGUCAGAGUUAAAAAUCCUGCUGGUGAAGCACGAAGUUCCGGUUCGGUUACCAUCAAGGAACGAGAAGAUAAAACGGACGAGGUAAAAGCACCGAGAUUUAUCGAACCCUUGCAACCACAAAUAGUAGCGGAAGGUGAAGUUGUUAUCAUGGAAGCUCGUGUUGAAUCUUAUCCGACAGCAUCGUUCCAAUGGUUCUACGAAAGUCGACCACUCGAGUCUACAGCACAAAUGAGAAUAGUAACGAAAGAAAACAGAUCUGUUUUACUCGUUAAAGAAAUCAAACCGGAAUACGCGGGAACGUAUACGUGUCGUGCAGAAAAUGUUGGCGGUUCUGUUACCUGUACGGCUACCAUUAAUCUUCUCGAAACAACUUGGGAAGAAGCUACCGAAUUAAUAUCACCUACAUUCGUUAAAAGAUUAUCACCUGUCAGAGUGAUGGACGGUGAGAGUGUUAAUUUAACCUGCGUUGUACAAGGUAAACCAAUUCCAAAAGUUGAAUGGUAUCACGAUGACAAGUUGAUCAAGGAAGGCAAAGAAAUAACUAUUUGGCAAGAUACAGAAGGUUUAUGUAGUCUUGCUAUUACUGAAGUAUUCCCAGAGGAUGCUGGUCAAUACACCUGUCGUGCUACAAAUCCUAUUGGCGAGGCUGUUUGUACAACGUCACUUAUCGUCGAAGCAUACGAGUACGUACCUGAUUCAGAAAUUGCAUCGUCGAUCAUUGCAACAUCCCUUACCACAGGACAAAGUGGUUCGGAAGAGGACCUAUUAUCGCCAAAGGAGACACCUCUAUUCGAUACCGAUACAGAGGAAUCUGCUCCAGAAAUAAUAAAGAAACUUCCUCAGUUAAUUCCUACCAAAGAUGGAGAAUUAACCAGAUUGGAAGUUAAGGUCAAAGGGAAGCCAAAGCCAGAAGGAAAAUGGUUUAAACAAGGAGUGGAAAUAGUAUCGUCUCAAGAAUUUCAAAUCGAAGAAUUUGAAGAUGGUACUUCGGUGUUAACAAUAGCAGAAACUUAUCCCGAUGACACCGGUGAAAUAGUAUUCGAAGCGCAUAAUCCAUUAGGUGUAUCAACAACAACUACAUAUUUGUCCGUAGAAGGUAUUCUCGGAACGAAAGAAUAUAGAAAACCGGAAUGGGUAACACAGAUGGAAGAAAUGCAAGAAGCACUAAGAGCCACGCAAUCCAUACCACGAUUUAUUCAAGAAAUAACAGACGUUUAUGUUAAUGAAGGAGAAAAAGUUAUAUUCGAAUGCAUAUAUUCCGGUAAUCCUGUUCCAGACGUUGUUUGGUACAAAAAUGACAAAUUAAUAAUGAAUACGGAAAAUAUUAAAAUUCGUAUAAUCGAUCAAGAGAAGAAAACUACUCUGACCAUUUUGAAAGCAACCAGAGAUGACGAAGCUACUUACGUUUGUAAAGCUACGAGUGAUAUCGGUUUGGCAAUAACAAAAGCAAAAAUACACGUGACUGGUACUGAAACUGAAUGGAAACCAAUGUCGGAAGACGAAGCCGAAGAAGAGGUUGUCGAAGUUAAACAAAAGAAAGUAAUUAAAAAGAAGAAACCAGAAUUGAAAAAGGCCAAGGAAUUGAAAGAAAAGGUUAAAACGGAACGCGUUAAAGUUGAUAAAAAAGAAAUCUUUACGGAAGAACCGAUUGGUACAGAACAACCCGAAGACAAAAAAAUCGUGGAUAUCGAAGAAACACAAGUAUUGGAGAGUGCAACAACCUUCGAAGAAAAAACGAAAGAGGUAUCUCGGGCUAAAAAAAUCGUACCCGUUCAAGAACCAGUGAUAACCGAGGCAACUGCUUCGAUGAAAAAGAUCGAUGAUAAAAAACCACGAGAAAAAGAUUGGCCAAAGGAAAAAGCAAAACCCGUAAUCGAGGAACGCGAAAGUACAUUGAUAAUAUCGGAAAUAAAACCGGAAGAUGUUGCACCUGAUUUCAAAGUAGAAAGAACGAUUGAUCGUGCUAGAGAAACAACUAGUGAAAUAAUGGAAACAAUUUCUGUAUCUGAGGUACGUACCGAGACCGACGUACAAGAUAUCAAACGAAUUGAAACUAAACAGAAAAAAGCUAAAAAAGUUAUAAGUCAAGGACAACAACAGCAAGUCGAGAUAACACAAGUUAAAACCGAAGAAAUGAUCGAGGAAAAGCCAAAGAAAAAGAAGAAAGGUGAAAAAAUGAGAAUACGCGAGGAAGAGGUGGUGGUUACUGUUGAAGAAAUCCUUGAAAAGGAAAGAGAACACAUUGCCAGGGAAGUUGAAGAAAUCCUUGAGGUUCUUCAAGCUAAAGAAUUUGGACCAGGUGAAAGUCCAUUACGUGAAUUAGCAACCAUUGGUUAUCUCGUACGGCAAGGUGUCUCGGUUACGGAAAUAAAUGAGAGUCUUUACACUACUGACAAGUUUCCAGCAUUGAGAACACCCGAUGCACAAAAUGCAUUAGUCCAAUUGGUUGAACGCGAAGGUCAUGGGCCUCUUAUCAGUCAAGUAUUAACCGAGGAAACAACCACGGAUGAAAGUAUCGUAGCAGCGACUAUUGGGUUCAGGGCUUUUAUGAGAAUGAUCGAAUUGCAACAUGCAACCGUGGAGGAAGUUAUUACGCAUUUCGUACCUGAGGACUUCCGUCCACGUGCUUGGGAAGUCACUGAAGUGACUGAGGUUGAAACCGAGCAACACGUUAUGGAAAGAAUCGAUGCCGUCCAUAAGACAGAAGUCCAUAUCAUGGAAAGAAGAGACGAGAGGAAAGCCAUUCUCAAGCAGGAUAUUCAAGAAAUUAAAGAAUACGAGGACACACGGCAGGCACACACAACACUACGCAAGCGAAAAGAUAGGAAACCGAAGGAUCGCAUUGAAGAUAAACCGCAGGAUAGGGAUGAGGGGGUGGUACAGGUAGUAGAAAUCGAGGAAAUCCAAGAGAUUGAAAAGGACAGGAAGAAGAAGAAAGAGGACGUAGAAGAAGAAGAAGAAGAAGAAGAAGAAAUAAUUGUCAUUGAGAAGGAUUCUAAAGGCAGACUGAUUCCAAAAGAUAAAGUAGAUAUUGUUAAAAAGGUAAUGGAUAAGAUAAAAGAUGAGAAAAAGGAAAUGGAAGAAGAGAUAAUAGAGGAAGAAAUAAUUCAUAAACGUAAACAAUUGAAAGCAAAGAAACCGAAUAUCGGUGAGGAUGAAAUACAAUUGGAGGAAGCCGAAGAAUUUGAAAUAAAACGAGAUAAAUCUAUGCCUACUGUUAUAUUAAACGUACCUGGUCAACUUCACGAGGUUGUACCUUUCAAUCGUACAGUUGAACAAGCUCCUGGUAAACCCAAAGUUGAGAAAGCUCAGCUAGCCGUUGAUACGGUCAGUGCGCUCACUGAACAUCUUCAACCUGUACAAGAAAAAGAAAUUGAUAGUGUUGACGUUAAAAAACCGAUCGAACAAAAAGCAUCGGUUACGGUAUCGAUCGUAGAACCUUAUUCUAUUACGGAAACUAAUGUUCAAGCUACGGCUGCUGAAUUUUUAGAUAAAUUUAAACCGAAUACUUAUGAAGCUAUUCCAGGUGUUACGCCAUCCGAAAGUUUAAUGGUAAGCGAAAUAUUAACCAACGAUGCAGAUUUAUCCGAUUUAACGUUGAGCAAACCAGAAAUUCUUAGAACAGCUGAUACCAGUUUGACCUUGCAAGAAGCUAAAACAAUUUCUGAAACAUUGGUCAGUCAAAACGAAGUACCCACCGAAGAUUUCGUUUCACCGCUUACGGCAAAAGCUGAGGACAAUUUCUUACCUCAAGUUGGGUUAUCCGUUUACGAGGUUCAAGAAGCUUUGUUAGAGGACAAACUUGAAAUUGUUAAAAAUAUUCCUACGAAGCCUAGGGUCAAUGUUACGACUACCGAGCCACUUAUUAUAGAAGAAGUUUGCGCCGAGGAUAAACCUGGAAAAUAUUAUCCAGAAUUGAUAGUACCCACGGAAGUAGCAACGCAAUCGAUCAUAGCUCAAAAACAAAGGAUCACUGAAGAAUUACACGCACCGGAAAAGGAAGGUGAAUACGUGCCAGGUAAAUUGCCACCGAGUCAAAAAGCACAAAUUGGUAUUUCUUAUGACACUGAGACGGCCAUUGUUCAACAAAAUUUAAUUCAAGAAAGCGAAGGCAUUUUUGUUCCCGAUAGAAAAACGGACACUUUUGAGGCAACCGAUAAAAUCACUUUGUUGGAAGGUGUAACAGUGUCUACCGUUGAUACCCAUCAAAAAGAAACUGACCUUAAAGUAGAAGAAAAUAAAACGGUACAAGCUAAUUUGAGUGUCAUAGAAAUAACUUCGGCUACCACCGUAGAAACGAUUACUUCGGAAAAGGAACAAGAUUAUCAACCGGAUGAAAAACCGGUUAGCAAACUUGCCGAAACAUCGAUUUCAACGUUGGAAAUUGGUUCUGUCACCAGUACGAUGAUUCAAGAAUCGGAAGGACCGUAUAGCAUCGAUCAAAAACCAACAGCAUUUUUGGCAGAAACGUCGAUUAGACCUGAAGAAUAUUUACAAAUAUCUCAAGUUCAAACGGCCGAUUAUCCGUCUGAUUUUAAAGAUGAAUUAAAAUACGUAUCGGAAAGUGGUAACUUAAUCGUAGAAUUAACGGAAGCUAAAAUGAUACACGAAACUCUUACCCACGAUAAGGAAUCCAAAUUAGAGGAAACAACGAAACCAGAAGAACGUACGAUUGCAACUUCGUACGAUGCGAUGCGAGGUGUUGAAGUAUUUCAAACCACUUCGAUAGAAAAAGAAAGUGAAUUGAAGAUAUUUGAAUUACCGGAAUCCCAUCAUGGUAAAACUGUGCCAACUCAUCCGGUCGUAUCGUUACAAAUCGAGGAAACUCAUCCCGAAGAUAACGUUGGCGAAGUUGUCAAAGAAAUACCAUCCUCUGCGGUAGCUGCAAUAGGUGCAGUAAGCUUACAGGAGACCAUAGUAAAAGAAACAGUACCGGCUGAAGGAUUAGUUCCAGUAAAAGAUGACAAAGUUGUUGAUAUGAAAAAGGCUGAAAUAACUAUCGACGAAAUAGAAAGUGUUCAUACAACCAUGAUCGUGACCAGUGAAAAGGAAGCCGAAUAUACUACGGUAUCAGACGUUAAAGGAGCAUUCGCUACGACAGAUUUUAUAACGCACAAUGCACCGAUAUCCGAGGAAGUUAGAACCGAAUCUCCGACUAAUGAAUUUGUCCCGCAGGAAAGACCAACGUCAAGGACAGCUGAGGAAUCACGGAUACCACUCGAAAGUAUUUCGGUAGAGGUACAAGAAACUGCCGAAAAAGAGGAUAUUUACAACAUCGAUGUAAAACCGGAACAGAAAAUUGCCAAUGUAGAUUAUACGGAAGGUAAAAGUGGAUUAAGUAUUCUUGAAAUAGUAACUCACGAUAAAGAGAUGAUUUAUGCACCUAUGGAAAAGACAAAGGAUUAUACAGUUCAAACAUCAAUAACUGGUCAUACCAUAGCAUCGCAAUCAGAAACAUUAAUACAACAAUCUACCGGUUCGAUAGUUGAUGAGAUUCCUAAAACGGGAAAGGCAAUUCAACAACAAGAAACUUUAGAAGAAUUGAUCGUAACGGAAACAAAUAUUGCGGAAACGGGUAAACCUAGAGAAAUCGACGUACGUCCUGUCGAACAAAGCGCGGAAAUUGAAUUUUUUACGAGACCGGAAACGUUAAUGGUCAGCGAGAUUACGGCCAUGUUGAACGAAGAAAAAUUAUCGAUCGAGGAAGUACCGAAGGAACGUAAAGUGGCCAUGAACAUAAGCGAUACGCACGAGGUUGCAGAAAUGCAUGAAACUGUUCUUGCUAGUAACGUAAAUAUUCUGAAGGAAGACAAACCAAAAGAGGAAAGUGCAAUUCAGGAACAAAGUGGAUUGAAUAUCGUACAACAAACUGAAAUAUCAAUUUCCGAAAAGGAAUCACCGUUGGAGGCUGACGUUAAACCUGAAAGCAAAAAGGUAGGAGUUACUUUCGAAGAAGGCGAGGGUCUUGAAAUUGUCAUGACGCAUCCUGAAGAAAAAGAAGGACGAUUCGACGAAGAAUCUAAACCAAAGGGUGUCGAGGCAAGCGUAGAUAUUAUUACGCAAAAUGUGGCAUCUACGUUUGAGAUAAUGAGCGAUACUGAUUUGUCCAAAUUAUCUAUCGAGCCUACGAAAACCGCACAAUCGCAAGCCACUUUCUUACCGUUCGAAACUACCAUUUCUGAACAAGUUGAAACUACGGAAAGGGAAGCACCAUUAUCAGAUAUUCAACCGUUCGACAAAAAAGCUACGCUUGAAUUUAUCAUGGGUGAAAGUGUGAUAGUUUCUUCGGUAAUACCUGGAGAUAAGGAGAGUACUUUGCCAGAGGAAGAAAAACCAGAAUCAAAAUCGGUAACGUUCGACAUACCUACACACGUUGUAGCUCAAACUAGCGAAACAACCACCACGGAUAACAUAGCUGAUUUCAAACGGGAAGAAGUAACAUCCGUCACGGCUACUACGGAUCAUAUUACUUUCCGUAGUUUGAUCACAUCGGAAAUAUCAACCGGUGAUUUGGAACAACCACUUCCUACAUUCGUCAAACCUGAGGAUAAAAUGGUUAAUGUUACGUUCGACGAAGAACACGGAGUAACCAUAUUAGAAACCAUAACGUCCGAUAAAGAAAAAGAUUAUACACCGGCAGCAUUUAUUGAAGGUGAGAAAGCAGUGGCAGCUUUUGAUGCUCACAAAGUUGCCCAACAAACAGAAAUUACACCGGCAACGCAUCCAGGAAUUUUAGAUAUCUCAGCUCAUACCGUUGCCGCAGCUAAAGAAGAACGUUUACCGUUCGAAAGUAUCAUACAAAUGGAAACAAUUAUCUCGGAAACUGAAAGAGAAUUUCAAGAAAAGCCUGUUAUAGGUAAUAAAGCGGAAAUUGGAAUAAAUGAACUGAUUUCUGUAACAGAAAGUACAGAAAUUGCGGCACACAAAGAAGCUAUUCUUGAGAUACCGGAUAAACCAAUCGAAAAGAAGGCAGGUAUUCAAAUAAUAGGUCAUCCAAUAGCCGAGAAAGAAGAAAUUACAAUAGACCUUAGCGUAGGAAAAGUAGAAGAUUCUAAAACGUUAACGGUUAUUGCAACACCUUCUAAUGUUCCAUUGGAAACAAUAGUAACGUCAGAGAUACAACCAUCUGAAUCCGAAACACCAUUAUCCAAAGAUAAAUUACCUAUCCAAGCAACAGCAGAAUUGGCUAUGGAAGAGGAACAAAGUAUACAAAUAUCAACAGUUAUUACUGAAGAUAAAGAGAAUGAAUACAAGCCAAAAGAAAUGCCUGAAGUACGAAAAGCGGGUAAAACUUAUGUAGAGGGUCACACGGUAGCCGAAACGAUGAUGCAAAUUGUCGAUCAUACUACUGCAGAAUUGAUAAAAGAAAAAUUAUCCAUGUCAACGGUGAAACCUGAACACAUACCGUUGUUACCUUUAAUCGAAUCACAACCGAUCGUUCAAGAAAGCGAAGAUCAAUUCUUACCAACGUCAAUACCGGAAAAUAAAACAGCUAACGUAGGUUUGGAAUACGAUAGGACAACUGUUACCGUAUCCCAAGUGACUACCAAUGAAAAAGAAUCCGUUUAUGUGCCCGAAGAACAACCAUCGAAACAUUCAGCCCUUCGUGGAAUAGAUUCCGGUCAUGGAAUUGCGGAAACAACUACAAUAACUACCGAAGAUUCGGUUGGUGAAGUUCAUCUAAAGAAACCAGAUGCAAAAACUGCAAUCCCAACUCAGGAAGUGCAACAAAGUUUGUUAAUAACUCACGAUAUUCCUCAAGAUCAGGAAGCACCAUUUGAAGGAAAAUUCAAACCAACCCCGCACGAAAUUCACACGUCGAUAGAAGAAGGUAAACGCGUUACAACCGUCACGGAGGUUAAUAUAUCUGACAAAGAGGACAUACUUACAACUUUCAAAGAUAGAAGUCAAGAAGCUGUACCAAGUAUUAUUACUGGACACGAGGUUGCUGAAAAGACUGAAAUUAUAACUGAUUUGAGCACGGGUAAAUUGGAUAUAAUUAAACCAUCCUCGGCUGUAGCACAAAUUGGACAAAAACCUUACGAAACGGUUCAAUUGACCGAAGAGAUUUUAGGCGAGAAGGAAAUAGACACGGUUGAUAAAGUAUCGUUAACUACGACUAAGGCACGCGUUGCUUUAGACGAUAAUAGAUUCAUAGCGAUCACGGAAGCUACCGUUACGCAAGACGUCGAAUCAGAACUUGUUUUGGAAAAGAAACCUGCCGGAAAAACGGCAAUUCCUUCGUUGGAUGCUAAAGAAGUUGCUGAACAACUUGAAGUUAAUUUACGCGAAGGUCUUGGCACGUUACCGGAAGCAAUAAAACCAACUGUAUCAGAAGCCCACCGUACUCAAUCUAUAUUAGAAUCAAUAAACAUCAACGAAACUAUUCCCCAAGAACAAAGUACGAUAAUUUCGGAUAAAUUGGAACUCGACAAACGUAGCGCGGAAAUUGCUUUCGUUGAAGAAAAAAGUAUAAUAAUUGAUACCGUAGUAACGCAAGAUAAGGAAGAUAUAAUGACGGUACCGGAAUAUACGCAUGGUACAGCACAAAUGAAAUUAACGAGAAUUGGAAUGGACGUUGCCGAAACAUCUGAAUUAUUAAUAGAACAAAGUACUGGUUCUGUUAAACCGUUUGAAAAAAUUGAAAUGAAAGCUCACACGAAACAAGAUACGUUGGAGCCGUUAAUUAUCGAAGAUAUUCCUAGCGCCGAAAGCGAAGGUUUGUUCGAUAAAUAUCCUAAAACAAUUUCUAGUACUGCCAAUACCAUGUUUGAAGAGGGUCACAGUAUUUCUGUAACCGAAGUGACCUCCGCUGAGAUUGAAGAAUCUUUAAAAACCAAAGAACUUGCCCCAUCUCAAACAGCUUCUUCAACGAUCAUUACGGAACAUGGUACGAUCGAAACAACCCUUAUAGAAUCGCAAGUUAAUAUACCUGAAAAGGAUACCAAAGAUCUAAGUGUCAUGCCGCAAAAAGCAACAGCCUUGCGUGAUACGUUCGAAAGUAUUAUCGUUGAACAAAAAUUAAUCGAAGAAAGUGAGAAAACGUUCGAGGGUAUUUUUAAGCCAUCGAUGCAAAAGGCAGACAUCGAUUUUCAACAAAACAAACCUUUGCAAAUAUCCGAAAUAAUUACGGAUGACAAGGAAGAUGUAUUUGAUGUUGCACCUAAACGACAAGAGGUUAAAGCUACUACAGAAAUUGGAUUAUUCGAAACGGUACAAAGAUCAUUGAUAGAAGGCGUGCAAAAUGUUGAAGAAAUUCAAAAAGAAGAACCAAUUUCUUCUCAGGCAACUUUAUCGCAAAUUCCGAGGGAGGCUGUUAUCGAAACGGAAACGACGUUGGGCGAACGUGAGGAUACAUUCGAAGGGAAAGAUUUUAAACCGACCGAACAAAAAGGAAAACCACAAUACGAAGGAUUAAGUACAGUUACGAUUACCGAAGUUAUUUCAAACGAGACCGAAGAUAUUUUGCCAGUAUCGACCGUUCCGAAAGAACAAAAAGCACUUGCCAAUUUAUUAAGUAAAGAAGCUAUUGAAACAUUACAAGUAUUAACCGUAGGAACAGCCGAAGAUAUAACGGAACAUCUUAAAUUUGAGGAAAAACAAACGAAAGUAGAAGUAGAAGAAUUUUCUAGCGUAUCCGUUUCUGAGAUAAUUCUAAACGAAACGGAAGAUACUUUAUUGAAAAAGGAAUUACCGAAAGAUCAAACGGCACAAUUCAAUAUUUCCGGUAGAGAAGUAGCUGAAACAACCGAAGUAAUGAUUAGCACGGAAACCGAAGAUUUAAGUACUAAAGUACCGAAAGAAGAAAAAGGUAAACCGGGUUUGGAAGAAUUAACUUCAUUAACUGUUUCGCAAAUAGUUUCGAACGAAGCUGAAACAACUUUGCCAAGUGCAGAAAUGCCAUCGGAAAAGGUAGCACAACCGAGUUUGUUGGGCAGAGAUAUCGCUGAAACUAGUCAAGUGUUUACUAUGACAAGUGCCGAACAAUUGGUAACAAUUGAAGAACCUGAAAAGCAAAAAGGUAAACCUGGUUUAGAAGAAUUAUCAUCGUUAACGGUAUCACAAAUAAUAUCUAACGAAGUGGAAGAAACAAUGCCCAGUCCGGAAGUUCCUACCGAAAGAGAAGCACAAGCAAAUAUUUUUGGUCGGGACGUGGCUGAAACGAUACAAGUUAUGACCAUGACGAGUGCCGAACAAUUGAUUGAAUCCAAAUUACCCGACGAGCAAAAGGGUUAUCCGAGUUUUGAGGAAUUGUCACCGUUGACUAUUUCUCAAAUAUUGUCAAACGAAAUGGAAGACACAUUGGCGACGUUGGAAAAACCUGCCGAGAAAACUGCACAACCGAGUUUCACCGGGAGAGAUGUGGCCGAGAUAAGUCAAAUAUUAACCAUGACCAGUGCGGAAGAAUUCUCUAAAUCUAUUAAACCGGGUGAACAAAAGGGAAAACCACAAUUAGAGGAAUUAACAUCCGUAUUAGUUUCCCAAGUGGUUUCUCAUGAAAGCGAAGAUGUAUUACCGAGUCCAGAAAUACCGAAUAAAUUUAUGGCAACGUCUUUAUUAUCUGGCAGAGAAGUUGCUGAGACUAGUCAAGUGUUAUCUAUGAGUAACGCCGAAGAAUUGGGUAAACCUGAAAUACCAAAAGAACAAAAAGGCAAAGCACACUUCGAAGAAUUAACAUCCGUAUCAGUAUGUCAAAUAGUAUCUAACGAAUCUGAGGAAACUUUAAUAAGUCCGGAAAAACCUGAUCAAAAGAUAGCAAAACCAAAUUUGCUUACCAGAGAAGUAGCCGAGAAAACUGAAAUCUUAACUGUCUCGACUGUCGAAGAAAUGCCUAAAUUGGAGAAACCGGAAACUCAGAAAAGGAGACCCGAAGUAGAGGAAUUCAGUUCCCUCGUAGUUUCCGAAGUGAUAUUCAACGAAGCUGAAAAAACUUUACCAAGUCCGGAUGUACCGACGGAACGUAAAGCAUUCCCAAAUAUGUUGAGUGUCGAAGCCGCUGAAAUAUCCGAAAUAUUAACGGUAACUAAUGUCGACCAAUUAGAAAAUCCCAAAUUACCGGAAGAACAAAAAGGUAAACCGCAAUUGGAAGAAUUAACAUCGCUAUCAAUAUCAGAAGUUGCUACCAGCGAAAUAGAAAAAGAUCUUCCUACUCCUGAAGAGCCAACGAAACAAACAGCAUUGUCGAGUUUGUUCGGCAGGCAGGUUGCUCAAAAAUCUCAAGUUAUAACGUCAUCAACUACGGAAACUCUUGCCGAAACAAUUGCACCGGAAACCAAAAAUAUAAUACCCGAACAAAUACCUUACGAAACUUUUGAAGAAAUUCAAACGGUUCCGCAAGAAAGUGAGCGCAAUCUUGUCAUCGAUAAAACAAUAUCAAUGGCAACUGCUGAGGUUACUUUCCGAACUUCCGAAAGUUUCGAAGUAACUCAAAUUAUGACAACUGAAAAAGAAACUAAACAAGAAGACAAAGAAACGAUAAAGGAAGUCAGUGCAUUGCCUGACGUCGUAAAGACAGAAGUUGCAUUGAAAACUGAAGUUCAUAUUGAAGAUACAACCUCGGAGUUUAAAAUUUCAAAGCCGGAAAGUAAAAAGGCUCGUGAAUUGGAAGAACCUAAAGAGAGUAUCAUUGUUACGGAAUUAGGAAAUAUUGGAGAAUGCGAAUCAGUCUUGCUAGAAUCCGUAAUGCCAUUAACAAAGGUAGCAAAUGUGUCAAUUGAAGCUGAUCGUCUGACAAAUGUAAUUGAUAUCGUAGAGAAGACAACGGAAGAGGAAAUUCAAGAGGAAAUUAUCGAAGAAACUCCUACCAAAAAGAUUAUUAAAAAGAAGAAAAAGCCACAGAAAAUAAUCGACGAGGUAACUGAGGAAAUAGUUGAAGAAUUGAUAAUAGAAAAACCAAGGAAAGAAAAAGUUCGACCAAUCACCGAUGAAAAAGAAGAAGAAGAAGUACAAAUUACCGAAAUUAAAAUAGAAACUCCUAGAAUCGAAGAAGAAACAAUUAUAAUAGAAGAAGAAGAAGAAAUAAUAGAAACUCCAACGCGUAAAGUAAUAAGAAAGAAAAUGAAACCUAAAACAAAAGAAAAGGAAGAAGAAAUAAUCGAAAAGAUCAUAGAAAAACCAUCAUUGGAAAAGAUAUCUAGUAUAGAAAAGACGAGUUCCGUUGAAAUUGUAGAAACACCAUCGAAGAAAAUUAUUAGAAAGAAAACAACCGUUGUCAAGGAUGACGGUGUUCCGGAAGAAUUGAUAGAAGAAUUUGUUAUUGAAAAACCAAAACUGGAAAAGGCUAAACCAAUCGUUGAAGAAGAAAAAGUAGAAGAAAUAAUUGAAGUAAUCGAGACGCCUACGCGAAAAAUAAUUAAAAAGAAAAAACCAACGAAGAAGGAUGAAACUGUUGCAAUUGUUACGCAAGAAAUAAUAGAAAAAACAUCCGACGAAGGUAAAAUUAUGAAAGAUCAGCAAAUAGUUGAGAUCAUUGAAACGCCAUCGAAAAAAGUCAUCAAAAAGAAAAAGAGUACGAUCACGGAAUCUGGAAUGCCUGAUGAACGUAUCGAAGAGAUCGUUAUUGAAAAACCAAUUACUGCUGAAGCAUUGGAAGAAAUUGUUUUGAGGGAAGGUAUACAAAUAACAGAAAUAAUAACGGGAUCUUAUACGGAUGAAUUGCCUAAACGGGAAAUAAUUUCACCGGAGGAAGCAACGAGAACCGAACUCGAAGAAGAAAAAGUCAAAGUAAUCGAUGUCACCGUUAAAAAAGCACCAAAGAAAAAGAAGAAAGCUGAUGAUGUAGAAGAACAGGUGGUCGAGGAACUGGUCGAAGAAAUAAUUUCGAAAAAACCGGAAAAGAAAAAAGUAACACCUACUGUUACAACGGAAGAGGGUGUAGAAAUAACCGAAAUAAUAUCGGAAGAUACUACUGAAUUAAUUCCAGAAUUAAAAGUCAAGAAAGAUGUUGCCAAACCGAAAGAAACUAUCGAAGAAAAGAUUACAAAGGAUCAGGUCGUAGUAAUGAAGGCUCCGAAGGAAACGAAAGAAGAAGAAAUAACAGAAAUUACCGAAAUAUCUCUUGAAACGGAAAAACCGAAGGAAGAAAAAGCUAUUGUUGUUGAAGAAGAGGAAAAAGAAACACCAAAGACUACUAAGGUUUCGAUUAAAAAAGCACCAAAGAAACAAGAAGUUAAAGAAAAACCUGAAAAGGUAAAAGAUGAAAUUCCUAAGAAAAAGGUUACGUUUGAUGAAAGGAAAGCUGUUGAAAAGGAAGAGGAAAAACCUGAAGAAAUAAUUGAAGAAAUUCAGUUGAAAAAAGGUAAACCAGAAAAAGCAGCUGCCGAGGUAAUUCCUAAAGAAGGUAUUGAAGUAACUGAAGUAAUAACGGAAAUAAUUUCGCAAGAAUUACCAGAAGAUAAAACGCCAACGGAUCAGGCUCGUCCGAUAACGAAGAAAGAGGAAAAAAUUAAAGUAACAAAAACGCGUGUACAGAAAUUCCCCAAAAAACAGGAGGAAGAACAACGAGAGGAUAUCGUUGAAGAACUUAAAAUAGAUGAACAAAUUACGGAACAACAAAAGACAACUAUCGUAACGCAAGAAGGUAUUCAAACGACUGAAGUUAUUACAGAUAUGAUGACGAGUGAAAUACCAACGGAAGAUAUACCGAAGAAAGAAAAAGGAAUUCCAAUCGAAGAAAAACCAGAAGAAAAGCCUGAAGUAACACAGGUGUCUGUUAAAAAGGCACCUAAAAAGAAACCAAAGGAAGAAAAACCAAAGCCAGAAAUAGUUGAAGAAAUAAAGGAAGAAAAACCUAAACCAGAAAUAGUUGAAGAAAUCAAGGAAGAAAAACCUAAACCAGAAAUAGUUGAAGAAAUAAAGGAAGAAAAGCCAGUAGAGAUUGAAGAAGUUCCAAAAGUCGAAGAGAAACCUGAAAUUAAACCUACUGAAAAAUUAAAGAAAAAACGAAUAAGUAAGCCGGAUGAAAAACCGAUCCAAGAAGACGUUCCUAAACCAGUUGACAAAGAGGAAACGAUUCAACCAGAGAAACCAGAAGAGAUUAAGAAAGAGGAAGAAAAGCCUGUACCAGAAGAAGUAAAGGAAAAGCCUGUUCCUAAAAAGAAGAAAAAGAAGGUUCCUAAGAAAGAUGAAAUAGAAGAGUGGGUUGAGCCAGAAUAUGAGAGACCUGUGUUGGAACCAAUGCCAGAAAAGAUACAAUGGGAACCAACGAAAAAGAAGAAGGAGAAGAAACCGUUAGCUCCAGAACUCCAAAAAUUAGAACCACAAAAGAUAGAAAGGAAAGAAAUUAAAGCAACGAAAUUGAAGUUUACAGAACCUCAAGAUGCAGUACAAUUUGGUUCAAUUAAAUUGAAGAAAGUAAUAACACCGAAGAAAAAGGAAGCUGAAGUUGCAAAAAUACCGAAAAUAUUAUUACGCAGUAGAAUCACAUUUAUUGGCGAUUAUCCACCAGAAUUACAGAAACCACAGAUCACGGAACUUGAAGAAAAUCCUAUUCAAGUUGGUAUUCUAUCCAGAAACGUGGAAGAAGCAAUGAAGGUAUUGAAGAAAAAGUUUAAGAAGACCAAAUUACCGGAAAAAGAGAUUACAGAACUUGAGAAGUUGGAUAAGGAAUUCGAGAAAUUGAAAGAAAUUCCUUUAGAGGAAAUAGAAGAUAAAUCAAUAUAUGAACGUAAACCGAAAAAGAAGAAAGAAGAACCGGAGAAACCACAGAAAUUGGUCAAACAGAAAGGUAAAGUUCCUGAACAGGAAGAACCACAACCUGAAGAGAUUAAAUUAAAGAAAAUACCCACGAAAGAAGUGGAAGAAACCGAAGAGACUCCAAAGAAGCCUGUAAAAGAGGUCGAAGAAAAGGAAGAACCUAAAGAAAAGAAACGAAAGCCUAAAGUAAAACUUGAACACGAAGAUUUCAAACCUACCGAAUUUGAUAGACCGGAGCUCGAAAAAUAUGUACCAGAAGAAAUUGAAAAACCGGAAGAACCAAAACCAGAACCGAAACCGAAACCAUACGUUAAAGAGAAACGAAAGAAACCUGAUCAAGAAAUCGAAGAAGUUCCAAUUAUUCCGGGUAAACCAAAAUCUCCGGAGCCAGAAGAAGAACCUGAGGUUAAGUUUAGAAUACCGCAGAAAGAAAAACCGGAAGAAGAACCAGAAACAAUAAAACUAAAGGGAUGGAAGAAAGACAAACCAGAAGAUGAGGGUACAGAAGAAUUCCCCGAAAAAGAAGAGGAAGAAGUUCCAAAAGUUCCGAAAGAUGAGAUAGAAGAAGUUACAGUAAGGCCUAAAAAGAAAGAAAAGAAACCGAAAAAGAAACCUACAGAAGAAGUACCCGAAGAGGUAACGAUUGAGAAACCUGUUGUUCCGGAGGAAGAAAAGUAACCGAAGAAGUUGCCAUAAAGAAAAAACCAAAGAAGAAGCCGGUAACCGAAGAGGCAGCGGAUGAGAUUACUAUUAAGAAACCUGUUGUCCAAGAGACUAAAGAAGAUGAAACUGUAGACGAGAUAACUUUGAAGAGAAAACCAAAGAAGAAACCAUCUGUUACUGAAGACAUUGAAGAAACUGAGGUUACUUUAAAGAAAGCUGAAAAGACAGUAACGAAGGAUGAAGUACAGGCUGAUAUCACGGUAAAGAAAAAGAAAGAAGUUAAACCUAAAGUAGAAGAAGAAGAAGCAGAUCAAUUGACGAUCCAACGAAAGGAAGAGAUAGAAGAACCGGUGGAAGAAGAAUUAAUUGGAGAAUUUACAUUUAAACGUAAACCACCGAAACAAGCACCUAAAGCAGUCGAAGAAUUAUAUGAAGAUGUCACAUUACGUAAAUUACGACCGAAAAGAAAGCCUAGGACAGAUAUUAAGGAAGUUACCGAAGUUGAAAACGUAACAUUCAGACCACGCCGAACCAAAACUAAAGAAGAUGUUGAACAAGAGUUUAAAAUCUCACUUAACACGUACGAGGAAGAAGAUAUUUCGAUGUCUGGUAAAGUUCGUUUGAAACCAAAGAAACGUCCAAUGACAUAUUCAGAAGAAACUGGGGAAGAAACGAUUCGAUUUAUUCAAGAAGUUGAAGAUGAUUCUGGUCCUGUCAUAGAAGAAAUCAUUGAUGAAUCUGAUGAAGAGGGUAAAUAUAGUAUUGAAGAACUGGAAACCGAUGAGAUGAAAAUUCCUUUGAGAAGAAAAGUAAAGAAACAACCUCGUCCAUAUUCUGUAGAAGAAUUCGAAGAAGGGGAUGUACAAAUGAAAUUGAAACGCGAAAGAAAAUAUUCAUACGAAGAAACAGAUGAAUCCUUGGCUUUGAAAUUAAAAGCUAAAAGACGGCCAUCUACUUACGAUGAAG